AAUACAACCAGCUUUCCUUCAGGGCAGGCGGUCAUUACCCAUACGAAUGUACGACCAAGCAUCUCGGGAUUAAAUACGGAGAUAACUACGAGGGAGGUAAUUCGAGCAUCUACUGGUCCUUCAGAAAAAUACUCCUUUAGAGAAUAUGGCUUUGACUCCAUCAAAAUUGGAACAAAAACGUUCAAAUUUGCAAUAUGUAACAAUGAUUUGGUCCUUUUUAAAAGAUCUCUUAUGCACAAGCUCUACCUAAAACUUGAGCUUGUCCCUCAAAUCAUCCGGUUCAUCUCCGAACUCACAAAUAUCGAUCACGCAAACUUUGAUAUAAAACAAAAGGCGAUUUGGAGAUGUCACGAUCUCUGUGGAUGUUAACAGAGUGGGCUACUUUGUUAAAAUGGUGAAACACAAAGGAAGCUUUAUUCAGAUACCCAUGGGACACCACAAUUCGAGCCUUUUUAAAUUCCUUAAUAUUUUUUCGAAUUUUGUAUGGCUCUCAAAAUCAGUGCAGGACGAUUCAAUAUCUUUUCAACACGGAAGAAUGUCAGAAAUCAAGGAACCCACAUCCAUAUCGAAACUGAUUUUUAUUUAUCAAAUCAAGGCAGCAGGCAUCGAGAAUCAACAAGUCUUCUCUUCUGAAAAACAACCUCAGUUGCCACAAAUCCAGGCUUACUCAGAUGCCUCAGACGAUUUUGAUCAUUCAGACGACUCCCUGUUCACAAAUGACUUUUUGGGACAUGCAACCGAAAGUGAACGUCAUCCUCCUAUCUCAUACCCGCAAGAAAUUAGGAAGUCCAAAUUCAACCACGAUUUGCCAUAAAGCCAAUUUCGUAACCUCAUAGGAUUACCUGCCAACUGAGAAUCUGAACACGCAACCUAAAAUAUACAGGAAAUCUCAAUAGAACAAGAGGCGACACAGUAUGACAACAAGGUCUCAAUCCAGAGAUUUCUCAUGGGACUAGCUCUAGAAUUAAUUUACUCUCUUUUUUUGUACUAUGUUCUGUUUUUUUCUUCUUUA